UCACCUCGCAGCCAAUAUUCUACCUGAGUUUUGCUUACUGAAACUGCACAUUUGUUCCCUACAUGUUAGCUCCCUGCAUACUUUUGUACUGUAUGCCUUUUUAUUGCAAAUAGCUGGGAAACGUAAUGAAACUCAAAUCGUUGCUAUUAUUUAUUUUUUUUAGCAUUAUUAUGGUAAGAAAUGCAAACUGCUUAUCGGUGUGGUGGCUCUGUUUUUAAAGUACAAGUCAAGCGUAUAAAACAAAGCGUUCUCAUCGGGACACCAGUUAAUACGACUUCCGUUUCUUUUCUUUUUUUAAAUAUUACUUUACUUUUUUUUUAAUUUCUGAGGGAACUGGUCAUUCAAAUCUAGACAAAUGACUCGUGGGAGGCAACAGAAGUGUAAGCAAAACAGCUACUGCAAGCUAAACCUUAAGUAAACGAAGCACUAGCCUGCUAAAAAUAAAAACAAGAGGCAGACUGUAACUUUUCUCACAAGCGACCUUUGAAUGAUUGUUAAGUACAGCCGAGCACGAUCAAACCAGGUGGCGCCAACUGGUGCGAAAGCACAAAGUGAAUUUAAACACAUUGAGAUAUUAGCGAUUUUCCUUUAAAAAAAAACAAAACAAUAAAGCUUAUGCAACAUACAACUGGACGAGGAAAAGCUUAGAUUUAGGCUGAGCUAACACACCUGUGCUUGGUGCAGUGGCGCGCGCGAGGCUGUCAAUCAGCCGCGCGCGUGUGGUCGUAAUCAGUGGCUGAAUAACUCCGAGCCAACUAACUGUCUGAUCAUAAGUGCUGUAAGUGUUUUGUUUUCGCUCCCCUCCCGUUGCAGCUUUUAGUUUCAGUUUAAACAAAACCAUCAUUACCAAACCGGGGGCAAGUUCUUCUUUGCCACAUUACGUUUAACCCCCACUCGUUUUCAGGAAACUCACUUCUUGACAGCUCUGAGGAACAAGAACAAGAGAGGCGAAGGUGCUUUCCGCCAACUAAAACUCCAAGUGUUCAGCUAGUAGUUUAGCUCUAAAUGAGUUGACAGUGAAUCCCCCUUGUAGGUCAGGGAGACGGAGAGAGAAAAGAAGAAGCUUGCCCUGAUCGUGGCCUACACAGCAGAAAAGGGUUUCCUGUUACACACUCGGCCCCCGCGAUUUACUCAUCUGAUCGGUAGACGUCUGCCGUGAGUCCGCCACUUUAAGGGAUACACAAGGAUAUUAUUACAAAAACCCCUCCAUAUUCCACAGUCGGAGUGUGUGUUUUGAAAUGGUCUGUCUCUCGCAUUGCAUUUGAAGAUGAUGCGAUUGCUGUGUCUAUGUCUGCUGCUACUUCUGCCAGCUUCUGCUGCUGCUCUGCAAGCAUCUCAUAACUCUUCAGAACUUGAAGGAUCAGCUGAUGACCCAGAUGACGAGGAUUAUGUGGAACGUGACGCUUCAACCAAUUUGAAUCUAAAUGCUGGGCCAGGCAAAACCACUGGUGUGGAGGGCAACAGUGGUAAGAAGUAUCUGAAUUAUGAGGGCUACAUGAUUAUAAUAGUUAUAGCGGGGGUGGUGUUGGCUCUUUCGGUCGCAGCAGUUGUCACCAUAUUGAUAGUGAAGCGCAAGAUGCAGCAGCAGGAGCAGGGGAUCUACUCUGUGCCAAUAGAACAGGACCACAAAGGGUCCGUCUAGUUCCUGGUCUACAGCUUCAAGCCCUAUAACACACAGGCAAGAGAGGUCGAUGCAUCAGGAAAUGUUAUCUCCUACUCUUUGACUCAGGACAGCUAGACUUCUUGGAACAACAGCCUGCUUCUGAAUGUUCAGUUCAUUCCUCCCUCCCACAUAACCUCCUAUACAUGUGUAGCAUAUGCAGUAUGUUUUUUGUUUGUUUGUUUUUUGUAUACUUUUGUGUUUGUCCCAGUCAUUUGUUCUGUACAUACACAUAAUUUAGCCUGGGACUUUUGGAACACAGUCAAACCUUCUAAUUGGAUUCUAUUUGAGGAAUCCAAAUCAAAGCCAGUGAAUGUGGCUUAAAGCUCCUUUUGUUGAAAGGGAUAAUUUAGCACAGCCAGAACUCCCUGAUUUUUUUUUUUUUUCCCCUUUAAUUCCUGAGACAAGAAAUUAUUCCCAACGACUAUGCAGUGUAACUCUGAGAGACCCGUCUAUGUGAAAUGGUCGUUGAGUGAGACAAACCACACUAAUCCAGCCUAAGCCGGCCUCACGUUCAUUCCUAUUCACUUGUGUCACAUUUUCUCUUCCUGGCCCAUUAGGAAUGACAGGAGGCAACAAAAUAGGAAGAUAAAAACCCGUUCACUGUCUUCUUAACUUCCAGUUACAAGAGGAGAGGGGGGAAAACCCCUGAAACAAGUGGAAAUGGCUAGUGCUAAAACCUUCCUGCACUGCCACAAAUUAAUCAACCACCAUGAAUGAUGAUGUUUUCCAAUCCCCUCUUCUUGAAAGGCUUUCACUUUAGAUUGUAAAUAGCUCUCUGAAUGCUGUGGAGAGUUAGAUUAAUGCCUCCCACACUGUUACAGAGAACCUCGUUAUGAGGGAGGGAAGGAUAAAAUCUCAAGAAUUAAAUAAAGUAGGAUGAUUGGGGAAAAUGCCAACAAUGCCUUUGUUUCAUUCAUACAGAACACAGUUUUCUCUGGUUUUAUGCAAAUCAACCUUUUCGUGCUGUGUGCAGGAACCCUUUCUAUCCAAGAAUCUAAGGUGCCGGCUUACCUGGUUGUUUGUCGGCAAAAGGGAAUCUGUUUUCCUUGUCAGCUUUUUGUCUGUGCCAUCAGAAGGAGCACUGAUAAUGGAAUUAAUAACACUGGGAAUGACUAUAUAGAGUUAAAUAGUGGAUUUGCCGAAGCAGCGUCUCACUUUUCUCUUCCACUAAAUAUCUUGCAAUAUGUCUUGCCACUGGGGAGUGGGCCUGGCUGCCAUCCAGACCUGAGAGCACCCCCCCCCACAACAACUAUGCAAUCAGGUCCUUAUCAAGGAUGUGCACUCCCUAUUGGUGUGUGUGCUGAAGUGCUUCGUUUAAAAAAAAAAAACAAAAACAAAAAAAACAAAACAAAACUAUGCUUCCCACUCGAUGUAACCCAGAUGUGAUUAUUGUUUGUGCGUUUUGUUUUCACUGUGCCCUGCGCUAUUGUUAUGUCUUGAAAGUGUAGCAUUCCCCUGUAAGCCUUCAAUAUCUGUCAGCAUUUCAAAAAGAGGACAGUUUGAGGG